UCGUGGAGUGUGGUUAUUGCAUUUGUUUGUAGGCGCAGCGUUUCGUGAAACGUCAUGACUUCCACUCACAUUUGCUCAAUAUUGUAAGCCUGCUAGAAUUUUUGGUGUAGAAGAUUUUACAUAUUUGUUGCAGAUUCCUGUAUUUAUGAAAUAGUGAAAGCUUAACGUAUGCAACGGUGUGAUCGAUGUAAUUGUUUCACAAGAAAGGUUUCCCGGCAAGUUUGUAUUGAUGAAGACUGCCAGUGAUGUCGCUUUUGGAGAGAAAGAAGAAACAAUGGGAGGAAGAGCGAGCAUUCCUGGCUGGAGCUGGCAUCAACCUUUGGGGUAUAACUAAGGAGACUUCCAGAAAAGAAAGCUCAUCGAAGAAAAGCUCAUCUUCUCCAUCUGACAAUCCCACCGAAAACGCGCUGAAGCUCCAUCAGGAGCAGCAGCGCCUGACCAUGCAGCUGCAGAAGCAGGAAAUGCUAGAGAAGCAUCUAAAACAAGAAGAAAACACAAGAAAUACUGUUCAGGAACAAUAUCAGACCCAGCAGAGUAUUAGGGUCGACUCUAAACCAGUCCCAUUGCAUAAACAGAGCGCAGGUACCAGAAGGAUUGUGUCCCCAGUAGAAGCCGGUAUCACCAUCCCCGACGACUACCUCAACAGAAACCGCGAAACUCUUCGCAACAACCCUCAGGGACACACUCUGAGUCGCUCACAAGGGCACCUACCCUCUGAAAAACACUACAACCCCCAGCCUUUGACAUCUUUUCGUAAACAAGACAGCUUCUACGAUAUCAGCCUACCUUCUUCCAAGUCUAUCCCGAGUCUGCUUCCUUCACAGUCCAUUCCGGUACUUCAGCACCCCGAGUCCAACCAAGGUCUAUCCGCGUCUCGAUCGUUCCCUCACCUCAGCGCCUCCGUUGACUCGGUACAAGGUUACCAAAUACAGAACCAAAUGGGAGCUGGACCUGCAUAUUAUCAGCCGUACCAACAACAGUACACACAACAACAGUACUACCAGCAGCAAUAUCCUCAACAACAAUAUCCUCAGCAACAAUAUUCUCAACAAUACCCUCAACCGCCUUAUAGUAGUAAUGACUUUCAUUACUCUCAGCAAUCAGUGCCUUACCCUAGCGGGCUACCGCAAAGCUACCCUCUUGUCGGAGCGUCAGGCUACGGAUACGGCAGUCCGUCCGGCACCAUGGACGGAGGAGCUGCCUUGACCCAGUCUGUUGCCAACGCCUCUUACCUCGUGCCCACCUCUUCCGGCCGAGCUGAGCUGCUGAACGUUCGCGGCACUCCCCCCGCGGACGGCGUAGGUUGGCAGAGUGUGUACGACGGUCGUAAAGUCUCCCACGGCGACUCCAGGUCCCGGAGACCUACGGACUCUGGAGGGUCACGGGCCAAGUGGGGGGACCACGGGGUGGGGGUAGGGCACCUGUGGGAGCCUACCACCGACACCAGGAAGGAUUCCACGCCUCCCUCCUGGGUGCAGCAGCACGCCGAUGGUGCUACGCCGGGGCAACAGCAGUCGGAACAGCGGGUUAUAGAGAGACAGUUGGAAGAGAAGAAGAGGCUGAAGGAGGAGCAGGACGAGCGGGAGAGGAAGGAGGCGGCGCUGUGGGAGGAGAGGAUCAAGCAGCAGCAGGAGAAGGAGGCCAAGGAAUAUCAACAGGAACUCAACAGACGCAGACAGAAGGAGGAGGCGGAGGAGCGGCGGCAGGUGGCACUGCAGGAGGCUCUGAAGAAGGCAGAAGAACGAGCAAAGAAGGAGAAGGAAGAAAGGAAAGGGAGGCACAUCAACUAUACUCCAUCCGACCCACCCGCUCUGGAUGAAGCCGUCGAGUCAAACGCGGACACAGAAAUUGGACUAACAUCUUCGGUGUUGUCCAGGGACAGCAAACGUGCCAGGAUAAGCAACCCCAUCACGCCCGUGAACAACACCCCUCAGACUGAUGCUUCUGCACUGCCACACUCGCCUGUACACCGCGAUGCAAAUGGCAGGCUAAAAAAUCAAGUUUCUGAACCUCUUUCCAGUAACAUCGCCCUACACACUGAACCUUCUACUGCUUCUCAGCGCAGCCAGCCUGCUGUUGAUGAUGCACGCCGGAUCUCGAGUGUUUCUUCCGCGCCUCCUGCAACGACAUCGUCAGGCGUCGCUCCUGACGUGGUCACAGCGAGGAUAAAACUGCUGACGGCGCUCGGUCUGACGCCAGAGUACCUCGUCUCCACAGGACUGCUCGACAGAUCUACUCUGCUGUCGCUGCUCGGUGUUGGCUAUGAGGAGAAGUUCGUGUCAGCGAGGUCCGCGUCGUCAGCGUCACAGGAAGGCCCUGACGCAGCCUAUGUCAGCGGUCGCUUGCUGACGCCGCGCAAGUAUCGCGAGUGUCGGGAGUUUGGCACCCAGUACGACUUGUCAGCUCUUGGCAGAGAGGAAGCAACAGACGAUUCAGGCGGACGUCGAAGGCGGUCCAAAGCUGGAGGACAUCGCCGGGGCAGCGCCACUGAUAGCCGACCGCCAUGGAACAGACACAGGUCCGAUCGGCCCUACAGAAAGCAGUCAGAUAAAGACCUCGUGGCAAGUCGGAGAACACGAAGGAAGCUCUACAACAGGUCGCUGAGUGCGUCAGGAGGAGACACGGAGGAGAGCGACGCUGCGUCCGACGCUGUGGCGGCCGCUGCACCGCCUCGCCGCACCUGGGACCAGUCCCGGCAGGAGUCCAUGUCUUCUGACCAGUCUCGAUCUCCAUCACCGUCGCAAGAAUCAGCUGCUCAGAAAUCAAAAUCUCGAUCAACACCAGCUAUCAAAUCGCUAAUCACCCCAGUUUACAAGGAGCACGAACAUCGGUCCCGCAAAUCCACCCAUCAGUUGUCUCGUUCUCUUCAAUCUCUCCAGAAGAUUCAUGAGUCUCGCAGAGAUUCACCGGUCUCUAGCCCCACUGGAGUUCCGAGGUCUCAGAGACGAGCGAUCAAAAUCUCUGCCAUGACGCUAAAAUUGGCCGAGACGUCUGAAGUUGCACGGGAAAGUGGUCAUAAUGAAAGAAAUGUUAAUGCGGGAAUAGAUGGAAAUAUGAAGGAACAAGCUGAGGCGCUGCCGGUGAACGUGACUUCGACGAGCGUCAGCAGAGAUGAGGUCACCAGCAACAUGACUGAUGCAGUCGAGCCUCUCGUCAGGAGUGACUCUCCUCCAGUUCCAGCUUUAAGAAAGGCAUCGGAUGUAUUUGACGUUCCCGAGUACGCUCCCGGGGAAGAACCUCCAACAGAGCCCUACAAGCCUCAGCUUCCAUCCGCGUCUAAAAGGAAACUUAGAAGAACUCAGCUCAGACCGACCAAACCAAUUGCAAGUAGAACGAAACCUACCACUGAAAUAAACGACGAGCCUCCUGAUUCUCAGCCAACUGAGACGACUGAGGAGACUCCUCCGAAACGUUCACAAAUUGACCUGACUCUUCAAUAUUACGAAGCCCACAGGCCUCCCAGUCCCCCCGUUCCUGCGGUUCAGAAGAGAUUGGAAUCUCAGAAAAAUCAAAAUUCUAAGCUUCCAGGCCUGUCAGACAGUGCGCCGGAAGACCCAAUUGCGUCUUCUGAAGCAGCGUUACAGAGAGAAAAUUCUGCAGGCUCUUCAUCGUUACCGAAGUUAUCAUUGACUUCGAAUUCGCCUUUGAAGCUUAAAACAAGUGGGAGUCCGAGUAAACAGACUGACAAGUCUCCGUCCAACACAUCCAGAGAUUCAUUCUAUUCAAGCCCACCAACGCCUCGACCUUUCAACUCCUCCUCUUCAUCGGAAGUACAAAUGGCUUCCUCCAGUUCCUCGAUCUCUGCUCGAGGAGAUAGCGGAGGAAUACCUCGGGUGCCUUCAGCAGGAGGUCGACCUCCAACUCCACGCCGCUUACACCCUCUGCGCCCUACGAACCACUCCGAUGACGUGCGAAGCAAUGAUAGAAAUCCUGGUAUUGACGUUCACAACUCAAAAGGAACAAGCAAUCAUCAACUGAGCAGAAUUGACAUCAGCAGCGGCCCCGAGUUCAUCAAGGCCGAAAUUCUUGACAAUGUGGAUGUUCUGCAUUCGCGAAAAAGUAGCCUCACAUCCAUCACCGAAGAUGACCGUCGCACUACUGCCAGUUUGUCUUCCGGCUACGAGUCCGGGCGUCGAUCUUCAGACGCAACGUCGACUAAACCGCUGCCGGACCUCGACAAAAUUGAGGCCUGAAACCCUGCACCGGUUGGCGCUACACACGCACCGAGAAAAAUCGGAGGCAGCGUCGAGAUCUUGCAUCAGAUCUCCUAGCUGAUGCUAUCAGUUGGAAACCUGACAACUGCUUGGACGUCCUGGGUGACAAUUUUCUAAUCUCAUUGCUAGAAACUGAUAAGUUCAUGUUUGUUAAAAAUUUCCUCGUAAUCCAGUAGUUUUGGAUAUGCCAUGUGUUUUUUUUUUAAUUCCUGCCUGGAAUGAUCGUGCCAAUGAAUGUGUAUGGAGCCAAGAAUUGGCAGUCGCUCACAUCACGCUCACUGAGGAUAUCCAUUUUAAUUGAACGUCAUCUGGACCUUCAUUCGCGAGGUUACUGCACAUGGGAGCAUUUAAUAAUUUAAUAUAACGAGUCAAUACGCCGAAGUCAUUGCCUAUAUUACCGAUCGUUUCUUUGGCGGCAGGUCAUUGAGACGAUAAGGUGCCAGCGUUGCUUUCAUAAUUGGAACGCAUGCUAAGGGCCAGUUCGUCAUGUCCUAUGGAUGUUUUUUUAAUAUCCUUAAGGGCUGUGGUAGGAAUAAAUGGCAAGUUUGCUAUUUUGCAUCAAUGUAAGAUUUUAUUGUGCAUUAAAAACCUCUAGUCAUGAAGGCAAAUGCUGGUGAUACUAACGAUGUUAUUUUGCAUUUUUAAUUUUAGUGUAAUUAAUAUGAAUAAGUCGAUAUAAAUGAAUGCGAAUAUUAAAUAUUGCACAAUUUGUUUAAGAAAUGUACAGCGAUUUCCGUUUCUCAUUUUACACGGAUCAAAGACUCUAUCACUAUGACUCGUUUACCAAUGUUGUCAAAUUACAUUCAAGUAAUUAAACAAAGCUGGCCAGUGAAUUAUAUCAACUCGCGAGAUGAGUUGAUAUAAAGAUAAAGCGAUGAGUUCUAAGUAAAGUUCAAA